UGAAAGUAAUAUCUGGUUCAUCUGAAGGUGCAACCGGUAUGGUUGUUUCUGUUGAGGAGCAUGUGGUAAACUUGGUAUCAGAUACAACCAAGGAGCUUCUCCGUGUAUUUGCUGAUAAUGUUGUUGAGAGCUCUGAAGUAACAUCUGGUCUCACUCGUAUUGGGGAGUAUGAGCUCCAUGACCUUGUAAUACUAGACAGCAAGAGUUUUGGCGUGAUUAUACGUGUAGACAGUGAAGCUUUCCAGGUCCUUAAAGGUGUCCAUGAUAGACCUGAGGUAGCACUUGUUAGACUUGGAGAGAUCAAAGGGAAAAUUGAGAAGAAAGGGAAUGCCCAAGAUCGGUUUAAGAACUAGUUAGCGGUGAAAGACGUGGUAAAAGUUCUUGAGGGUCCUUGCAAAGGAAAACAUGGUCCUGUGGAACACAUCUUCAGAGGAGUUGUUUUUAUUUAUGAUUGCCAUCACCUUGAGCAUGCUGGUUUUAUUUGUGCCAAAACACAAUCAUGUGUGUUGAUUGGUGGCUCAUGGGCAAUUGGUGAUAGAAAUGGUCAUCCCUUCUCAUCAAGAUUUGCGAAUCUCAGAACUCCACCACAUGCUCCUCAAUCUCCAACAAGAUCAUUUAGAGGUGGCCCACCUAUGAGUUAUGGAGGAAGACAGAGAGGUGGAAGGGUACAUGAUGCUUUAGUUGGAGCUAGUGUGAAGAUUUACCAUGGACCAUUUAAAGGUUGUAAGGGGCGUGUUGUUGAUAUCAGAGGAACUUCUGUCCGAUUUGAACUGGAAGCACCGAUGAAAGUUGUUACA